GGCAGAUUUAAUCAGCCGGUGUCAGUUCUAGGGUACAAAAAUUUUUUUUUCGUAAUCUUUGGUCUUUAGGCUUUCUUAAAAUGUACACUCUAUCGUGGUUUGGAAUCAAAUCUUAGGCACGAAAAAACUUUGAAAAAUGCUGUGUUUUUUUCCCACCUUAAAGUUCGCAAAGAAUCUUGGGUGAAGACUGAGCCGUCACGCUGCGUCACACAAACAGUUUCGAAUAAUCAUGUUCUCUCGCGUGAGCUAAGGCAUCUAUUGCACCAUAGUGGUUGAAAUAAUCAUGUUGUCUCGUGUGAGGCAACUUUGCAGGACCCAAUUCAUCAACCGUGCUCGAUUGUUAAGCCAGAAUUCGCACGUAGUAGGGGUGACCUCAGCUGCUCCGACCUCCAAGCCUCUGGUCCAAAAACUCGAAAACAAAAGCGAACAUGGAAUGCUGCACGUGACAUGGAGUAAUAACUCAGUGAAUCGUUACCCGUUUGCUUAUCUUCGCGAUAUCUGCCGAUGUCCCGAGUGCUUUCACGAGUCCUCUUUACAGCGUUCUUUUGACACUGUAGGCAAGUUAGAUCUGAACAUUCUGCCGGAAAAAUACGAAGCUGCGCCCGAUGGGGGUCGGAUCAUCAUUACAUGGCCCGACGGACACAUCAGUACCUUUGAGUCUGAGUGGCUCCACUCGCGACGAUUGAGCGAACGGAAAGGAUCGAACAGUAAAAGAUCUACUCUGAACAGAGACGGGGUGGAGUUCUGGAAUGCUGAAAAGCUACAAGGCAAGAUUCCGAAGAGCGAUUUUCACGAGAUUAUGGAGGAUGACCGGGCCCUGUUCGAGUGGCUCAAGUCUUUGCAUGGUGUAGGUAUUGCACUCGUCACAAAUACUCCUCAGCAGAUUGGACAAGUAGAGAAAUUGUCCGACAGAGUUGGACAUUUUAAGACUACUCAUUAUGGCCAUCACUUUGAAGUAAAGGCGAAGUACGAUGCUAACAACUUGGCAUACACUUCUAAUUUCCUGCCGUUACACAUUGACUUGCCUUAUUACGAUUACAUACCAGGAGUUCAGUUGUUGCACUGCAUUGAACAAGCCCCUGGGAAUGGAGGCGCGAACCAGUUCGUAGAUGGAUUCCAUGUUUCACUGGAACUACAACAUAAACACCCGGAAAAGUUUGAUCUCCUGACAAAGGCACGAUUCCAGUUUGUCGAUGUUGGAAAAGACAUGUUUGGAGAAUUUGACUAUCAAUUUGCACGCAACACAAUCGAGUUGGACGAAAACAACCAAAUCGCACGGUUUGCUUUUAACAAUCAUGUGCGUGACUCCGUAAUGCUUACUGCCUCCCCAGAGGAAACUGUUCGACUUUACGAAGCUUAUCUCACGCUCGGCAAAAUGUUAAGAGACCCAGCCAAUCAAAUCGAGCACAAAAUGGUGCCUGGUGAUAUGAUCUCUUUUAACAACAGCCGUGUGCUGCAUGGAAGAUCAGCGUUUACAGUAACUGGGCAAGGAAGUCGCUUUCUCAGUGGAAUCUACAUGGACUGGGACAUGAUGUACUCCCGUAUGAGAAGACUCGCUAAAAAAUUCAACAUUCCAUUUAAUGGCUAGAGAAACAGUCGUCUUAAGACAAUUGUUAAAUCCGAAGAUCAUUCUUUGAAGGUUUAUUUCGGGAAUCAUAUAGUUUUGCUAUAAAGGGCUCUCUUAUACCAACGGAACUAUCCAUAUGAUAAUAUUAGUGAGUAAAUACAGAAAAGAGGGAAAUUAAAAGAAAAGAAUCAUUUCCUUCGCUCUUGCAAUUUCAUUCCUGCAGGACGGGCGAACUUGAACGACUUUUGUCACUAAGAAAGCUUGUUUUUUUUUUCUUUCUGUUUUUCGAUCGCAUAUCAUCGUGUUAGACUCGUAGUCGAGAAGAGUAUUGCUACUUUAUGCAGGUGGAUGCUCCACAGGUUUUCUUCAGCAGACCAGAAGCCGGUAACCUUGAGUGGACCCUGCCUAUUGCCCCUUUCUUGGACCCUCAAUUGUGAGAGUUCCUGAAGUUUCCAAGCUUAGGUUAACGGCCAUCAAAGUAGGUCCUGAGGGGUGACUAGGUGUGGAAGAAACAUGACAUCACCUUCCUCUUAGGUCCCUUAUGAUCGCUUGACUUCAUCAUGCAUGAGGCAUUUAAUAUAAUUUUUUUUCUCUUUGUCUCACUAGAUCGGUUUUUGUACUGUACAACAAAACAUAAGGUACUGGUAUAGCAGUUGGUCUCCAAUCUGACUGUUAAAACAAUGGGCGAAUUGUAAGUGCGUAAAGAAAAUCUUUUCUAGCUUGCCUGCGUGGCAGGCGUUAAACGGGGGAGGGGAAGGCAAAACGCGUUUUAAUUUUUGCCUCCCUACCCCUUCCCCGUUUUUUAGCCUGCGCGACAGGCGUUCAUUUCCAAGCACUUGAAGGGAAUGAAUUUAAAAACUGCGAACGAGUGCGAAACAAUAAGGAGCAGAGGGAGGGGGUGGGGCAAAACAUGAUUCCUUUCCUCCUCACCCCUCCCCCUUCUUCUACAUUUUUUGCUCACCCCCUCAUCCCUUCACCCCGUUUGUUCGUUCGCUUCCUCGAUCUUCCCGACUGGAAAAUGGAAAGGAAACGUCUGCUAAAUCUAGAAGAUCUCUAGAAGAUCACGGAAGACUUUAUCGAAUUUGGCUUCUCCGAGCUAGCCACGCACCAACACAGCGGUCAAACGUCUGCGCAUGUGCGGGCAAUCGAGCAACUUAAAGGCGGUUAAAAUUUUUUCAUGACAUUGUUGUUUUCGUGGAUCAUCGGCAUCCUAUAAAUGACAUUUUCCUCGUUAUUUAUAUAUUUGUUUAUGUUUUAGCCUGUACAACGAGAGCUAGCAGAAAUUGCUCUACCUUCUACUUGUUGCAGGUCUUUCUUUUCCGCGGUAUGUAUUUUCCGUGCUCCUUGAAUUUUUUGUUCGCCUGGACUUUGCAUUUA